CCUCAUCACCUUACCUGCGCAGACAGCCUCGAUGUGAGUCUUGCUCACUUUCCUUUUGCACUUCAACAGCAAUGGUUUGAGGAGGAGAGACGGAGCCUUUGGAAGAUGAAUUUAUACAGGAGCUUUGGUAACCUUAUGGAGGCUUAUGUAUAUGAGGGGAGACCUCAUCCGGAAUCACAGUGGCAAUGGGAUAACGCUGAUGGACCUCAUGCACCUGUCGCCAACAUGGGGGUAAACCCACGGUCAGACUCGGUGGACUCGGGAGUGGAGACGGCCAGCUGUGAAACACCCAAUCCCAUCCCAGUGAGUUUUUUGCCACCACACAACACAGAAAUGGAUUUGUUCCUGCUACAAAGUGACAGACGCUCUCCAGUUUCGACACCUCUGCCACCCGUCUUCUCGUCGUCUUUGCCUUCUUCCUCGUCUUCCUCUCCGAACCUGCCUCCCUGCAAAGUUGAAGAGGACCCCGCGACCUUGAACCUAAAUAGAGAACCAGAUCUACAAAGGAACGGCUCUAAGAGGUGGAAGCAGGUCUACGAUGUGCUCAGCCAGCAGCCUAAAACGUCUUCCCUGCCCAAACAACACACGUCUGAGUUGAAAAGGUGCAUAAGGUCAGCAAGUUUUAAUUUGAGGAGGAGGUUCGACCCAUCCGUCUCCGCCGAGCAAAUGUCGGAAACGGAGAGACAACCUAUUCCAGUAGGUUCUGUCGAGCGGAUUUCACAGGUCCCUGGUGUUUUUGCGGGAAAUGAACCCAGCCCUGGUCUCUGCUACUUGGAGUGGGUCUGCCAAACGAUGGAGCAGUAUGCCGAACGGCAGAUACAAAACCAGGGAUCGCAGAUGAAGACAGAUGCUCUCCAGGAACAUGAAGAACAGAAGAAUGACUCUGCAGAUGCUCAGGAGAGCCAACCCAGGCUUGAAAAUGCAAAAAAAGCAAAGCAAAUUACAAGUGAACCCCAGCAGAAAAGAUCUCACCCUUUCCGACAGAGAUCAGCCUCAGACUUAUCUUCUUCAAAACAGCAUUUAAAAAAAUUGAACUUUAAAUUAAACUCAAAACGACAGCAACGAAGUACCAAUGAUCUACGACAAGUAGAGGAGGAGGACAGCAACCCGAUGGAAUCCAUACAGGAAGAAUCAAACCGAAAAAGUAUAAUCCAGAGGUUAAAAACUGGGUCUUUGAGAAGAGUGGAGUCUGCUGUAUCAGACACAAAGAGCCAACAGAUGCAGUCUUCAGAGAAAAUCACCACGCGCCGACGGCUGAGCCAACUGUUCAGGAGGUCAAAGAAAGUGUCGCCAGAUUGAAUGGACAACACUGUCUGCACCCAGGAGCUGACAUUUAGGGGGAUUUACAGAAAAAAGUCUAAGGAUUAAUGCUGCUUUGAAAAUUACUUUCUACCUUUUUAUGUUUCAAUGAUAUACCCCAUUUGAUAAAUACCGUUGUAUAUAAGGCAUUUUUAUUUUUCAUAGAUUGACUUGAAUGCAAUACCCUUUUUUGCCGUCAUGUUCAAACAUAAAAAUAAUUAUCUUUUUGUACGUUUAUUUCUUACUUUCAAAGGUGUCGGAUUUAAAUAAUACUAACAUUUAUUAAUUUUAUUUAUUUAGUGAAGUAAUUUUUACAACACUCACAGUCCAGUCUCAAAAUUUCUUAACCACCUGUUAAUCAGUAUUAAACAGGAAAAAAAAAAAUGAAUAUAGGCAAGCUGUCUGCCCAGGUCCCCCUUGCAAAUUAGAUCUUGAUCUUAAUGGGGUUUUCAUCUGGUUGAAUAAAGGAAAUUAAAUAUGCAGAGAAACUCAAA